AUGGAAACCCUCACAUCUCGACUCGACGCUUUGCGCCCCAAUAUUAAGGAGCUGAUGCGCAUUGGGGGCACACCUGGUCUCUCUCUCGGUGUGAUGCACCAGGGCGACCAGGUGUACUUUGCCGGUUAUGGUAAUCGUUACGCCGAGCUAUACACGCCCCCCGACGCCAAAACUGUUCUUCCCGUCUGCUCUUUGACCAAGGCAGUCACUUCGGCAGCGCUGGGGAUACUCGUAGAUGAGAACAAGGCCACCUGGGACACACUAGUCAAGGAUGCCUUGCCCUCGCUCAACAUCAAAGACGACAUUCUCCAGAACCAAAUGACCAUCGCUGAUCUUCUCUGCCACCGAUCAGGCAUGUCUUGGGGCGACAAUCUCAUCAUCGGGACCGACAACAACGUCCUCGUUAGCGGCAACGACUCCAUGGAAUAUCUCAACAGCCAAACGCGCCUCCUCCCGUUCCGUGGCCAAUUCGCCUACAGCAACCUAGCCUAUGAACUUGCCGGCAAAGUGAUCGAGUCACUCAGCAACAUGUCUUACUUCGACUUUACUCCGCCGCCGGGCCUGGGCAAUGUUGGAAAGUGCUACAACUCACUCGACAACGGGAAUUCUGCGCCCAUCACUUGCAUCAAGCUCGGCGACGACUGGCUCGGCGCUCCCCAUGCGGGUAUGCGAUCCUGCGUCUGGGACCUGAUGAAGUUGUACAAAGCAUUCAUGCAGGCCUUCAACCACCAGUUCUCCACGGGGGAGACAUCCACCGAGGGACUACCGCUGAAGCAAGUGGCAGAGCUCAUGUCGGCCAAGAUACCUAUGGACCAGCCAUCCAAGAACGAGGCAUCGUACGGCCUCGGCUGGGGUCGCGUGCAACUCCCCGGGAGAAUGGGUCAAAUCGGCAUCAACCCCGAUCUGAUGCCGAACGGCAUGCCCAUCGUCGGCAAGGGGAUAGCACCGCGCCUCGUCAUUUUCCACCAGGGCAGUAUGCCGGGCGCCCUCUCGUUCGUCGCACUUCUCCCGGAUACCGAGACCGCCAUCGUCAUCUCCUCCAACGCCCUGGCCCUCAACGACGUCGCAGACUGGGUUGGGCAGAUGGUUCUAGAAGAGCUCCUCGAGAUCCCAUCGCCACAACGCAACGACUAUCUCGCCGCAGCCAAAACCUCCGCAGCAACAAACCUCCAGUGGUACCCCAACCUCGUCACGCAACUCCAAAAAGCCCAAAAGCACGGCACCUCCCCUCGACAGCUUGACGCCUACGCCGGCACAUGGGUGGGUGUAGACCAGGGCCCUGACUUUUGGAAGGUUGAGUUUAAGGUGAUGCCGGGGGGUGAGGUGGAUCGGCUGUGCUGGGCGCAUGAUGAUGGUGUGCCCGCUGAUGAGUAUAAGAGGGAGGAAGUAGGGGGGAGGUAG